AUGGAUUUUAAAUCAGAGAAAACUAUGCGCCGUUCAAAACGGAGAACAACACGCCGCUACCUUUCCAGAGCCAAGCGCAUGUGCAUACGACACACAUGGCUGCUCCCACUCGUCCUGGCGCUUACCAUCGUAUCGCUCUAUCUCAUCUACCCUUACCCGUCGAAUCCAUUGUCCGCCUGCCUUUUUCUCUCGUAUCCACUCGCACGCGACGAUCCCCUCAUCCCAGCCCACGUACGCGAAGACCCUAAUGCGCCGGUACACUAUGGAAAAGGCGGUCGUGACUUUGCCUUUGUCGGCUUCUAUAUCAUUGUCUUGAGUUUCACCCGCGAAUUCUGCAUGCAGCGACUCAUCCGGCCAAUUGCUAUACAUUUCGGCAUCAAGAACCGCGACAAGCAGUCCCGCUUUAUGGAACAGGCCUACACCGCGCUCUACUUUGGCAUCUACGGUCCCUUUGGUAUCUGGAUCAUGUCUAAAACGCCCGUCUGGUACUUCAACACCAUUGGCAUGUACGAAAACUUCCCGCACCGAACCCACGAGGCUGUUGUCAAGGCCUACUACCUUUUGCAAGCGAGUUACUGGGCUCAGCAGGCCAUUGUCCUAUUGCUCAUGUUGGAGAAGCCGAGGAAGGAUUUCAAAGAGCUGGUUGCGCAUCACGUCAUUACUGUCAGCUUGAUCUGGUUGAGCUACAGGUUUCACUUUACCUACAUGGGUAUCGCGGUUUAUAUUACCCAUGAUAUUUCGGAUUUCUUCUUGGCUACAUCCAAGUGCCUGAACUACAUCGAUUCGCCCAUCGUUGGACCCUACUUCUUCGUUUUCAUGUGCAUCUGGGGCUACACGCGCCACUACAUCAACCUCAAGAUCAUUUACUCCAUUCUAACUACCUUCAAAACCGUCGGGCCCUUUGAGCUCAACUGGGAAACUCAACAAUACAAGUGCUGGAUCAGUCAGUACAUCACAUUUGCUUUACUAGCAUCCCUGCAGGCCGUCAACCUCUUCUGGUGGUUCUUCAUCUGCAGGAUCGCGUAUCGAUUCAUCAUCUACAAGGACGCAGACGACGACCGCAGCGAGUACGCACCAACAGACGAAGAGGUCGAGGAGAAGGAAGCGCUACUAAAAGAGGAUGUUGAUGUCGAAAUCGAGAAGAUCGAAAAUGCGCCAAGCACCCCAGCGAACGGGACGACAGGCGCCCAGCAAUUCGACAGCAUCGGCUCACGGCUGAAGCAACGAAAGAGCGAGAAGCAAUAA